AUGGCGCAUCACGAGCGCACCUCGACGCCAGCGGCGCACCCGCCGCAACAGCGACCGCGCCGGUUGUCUACCAUCGAAUUUCAUUCUCCACCUCCCUCGCCGACCUACUAUCCGGAGCACGAGCCGCAGCCGCCCGUGCUGCCCAAGCGAUCGCAGCGCUACCUUGCGCUGCUGCUCAAACCCAUCGUGUUGCCGGCACUCGCUAUUGCGUUGCCCGCAUGGCCGCUCCUCGCCGCGGCAUGUGCAAUCCCUGUCAUCGGCGUCAUGGCCAUCCCUAUCCUGCUGCUCAUCUCGGUGCUGCUGCUUUACGCCGUCGCGUGGAUCUGCUACCUCUUCCUCGCUCAGAAGGAUCUCCCCGCCACCUGGACAAAUGCACACCGCUGGUCGCCACGUAACAUCUGCCCGUUUGUCCCCAUCAACCCGAUCCGAUGCGCCAAAGUCGACCUCGCCGCAUUCCGCUACGUCGUCACAGCCUUUCGUAUUCUUUUCCCGGCCAUCUUCGACUGGUCCUACCGUCGCAUGAUGGUCAUUGGCACGACGAAAGGCUCGCGUGUGGUCAAAGAGGGCAUCCUCUACGGCAGUCCAUCGCGCGGCAAACGACUCGACGUCUACCUCCCCGCCGACUCGCCUUCUGAAGCUGGCGACGCUCCCCGCACCGCAGGCUCGAACGGCGUACCCGUCAUCGUGGUCAUCCCAUCGAUGCUCGGACCCCUGACAGUGACGUCGAAGCGCAGACUCUAUCUCCAGCUCGCCCUCCGCCUGCGCAGAAUGGGCUACUGCGUCGUCGUAGCUGACAUCACCUACUACCCUGAAUCGCGCAUCAAGUCGUCCAUCAUCGAUCUCCGGCUCGUCCUCCGCUGGACUGCCAAGAACUGCCAGAGGUACGGCGGCGAUCCAAGCAAGGUCUAUGUGCUAGGACACGGCCUAAGUGCGCAUUUGAUCAUGCUGACCAUCUCGCAGGAGGCGGUGGUGCUCAGUCGCGAGGGCCACCUGGACCGGGCCUAUGAGCGCGAGAGGCAUGUGCUUCGGGCCAAACACGGUCAUUCUUCGCACGAGGACGAAGAAGAAGAGGAGUGGCUGAAGAGUGGUGAGGUGAGGACGACCAGGCGGAGGAGCAUUGCGGCGGGUGCGGCGCCGGAUGCGUUGGACGAGGAGAACGACGAGCCGGUGCGACUGGGUGUGGUGUCGGCUCGCGCCGAGCGUCGUGGCAGCACUGGCUCGGUCGGAGCACAUCAUGCAGACCACGGAGAGGGGUGGGUCGAUGAGAGCGAGGACGCCACAACCGUCCCAGGCCACGUGAUGGGCGCAUCGCACCGCUUCAACACACCCUUCCAGAGCGCAGGCGCCACCUCGACAUCACGCAAAACCGAAGAAGCCGAAUCCAUCCUCUCCUCCUCUGCGUAUCGCAAAGCCGAGGAGGAGGUCGGCAACGGUCUUCGACGCGUCGAGAUCUACGAACCCGAAAUCGAGCUGCCCGCCCUCGCCGGCGUCAUCCUCCUCUCGGGCAUCAGCGACGUGAUCAAAGGGUUCCGAUCCGAAUCGGAACGCGGGCUAGAACACCUCAGCUACCUCCGACGCGCCACGGGACCGAGCCACUUCAACUGCCUCAUCCAUUCACCGGCGCAUCUGCUCUAUGCCGCGAAGAACAUCGUCGAUACCAGACUGCUGCCGCCCAAGUUUCUGUUGGUCCACGGAGGAAAGGACCAGGUGGUCCCGGUGGAACAAAGCACCCUGCUCAAGACGCUGUUGGUAGGGAUCGGGGUGGAACAGGUCAGGUUGAGAGCGUAUAGGAAUUUGGGACAUGCAGAGUCGAUCGCCUGUCUCUUCUUGGGCAUGGCGCGCUCAAAUACGAGGUAUACGCGGCAAAUCUCGGAGGACAUCUCGUCGUUCGUCGGGCAGUAA